AUGCGAUUACAAUUAGAAUAUGUGCAUCUAGUGCAUAGACAUGGAGAGAGGACACCACUCAUGUUUGGCCCUCAUGAUAAAACAAAUUGGAAUAUGUGCCAUAGGGUAUCUCAGAUUGACUAUACCAUUCCCAGGAAGAACCCCACGCUACUUGAUAGGGCAAAGAGCCUUCUGAGCUACAUGCACAUAGGGCCUGCCAUGCCGGUUCGGUUUAAAAUCACCCAAAACUCGGGCCGCCAGUUUAACUGCGCCCCAGGGCAGCUAACUGACAAAGGAAGAGAAACUCUUUUUAAUGUUGGCAAGUGGUUUAGGAAGAAAUAUAUUGAGGAGGAAAAGCUGCUGAGCCCAAGCUUUAAAAGCAGCGAGUUCAAUCUGAGAUCAACAAACUUCCAAAGAACACUAGAGAGUCUGCAGUCUCUGAUGCAGGGGAUAUACAAGGACACUCGGGAGGCAAUGAACGUGUCUGUGAUGGACUUGACACAGGACUCGCUCACCAGCAAUAAAUACUGCCCGAAGCUGAAGGCGCUGAAAGAUAUGUCGCACCAGACGCUGAAAAAGACAUUUGAAGGUGAGGCGUCUGAGAUUCGCAAGUAUUUUACAAAAAACCACUCGCCCUUCUUCUCCACACUCAGCCCGUAUGCAAUAUACGAUCUGGUGGUGAGCAGCCGGGCGCACGGGCUGACACAGUUCCUGCGUGUUCCCAAGUCGAUUAUGUCCUCGUUGGAAAAGUACUCUGUUCAGCUUUGGUUCAACCACCUAAAUAUGAAAGAGGCUCUCUCCUUGAACACAGGAGGCCUUUUGAAGGAAAUUUCAGAGUGUAUGCUUGUUAAGUCUAUUGGCAAAGAAAGCAGCAUAAAGGCUUCUAUCUUCUCUGCGCACGACAUUACUGUCUAUCCUCUUCUGAUGUCUGUCGGGCUAAACACUAUGGAGUGGCCUAAGUUUGGAGCAAAUGUGGUCUUUGAGCUUUUCAGAAAACCUGGGUCUGAAAAAAGAUAUGUACAGAUGCGAUACAAUGGAAAGAUAAUGGAGAUGCCAAAAUGCAAUCCUGUCAAGAUAAAGAGCGGGAUAUACUGUCCGUUUGAGGAUUUCAUUAAAAUGUGCAACGAGGCGUACAUCCAGGACUUCUCGCAAGCAUGCAUAAAUGAAUAG